AUGGACAACAAUCAGAAACAGAGUCUGCGACAAAAAGUGGCGAAGCAAUUCUCUGGAAGCACUCGAUAUCUCUCAAACAUCAGAUCCAUCAUCUUUAGGGAUAGAGAACUGGUCGAGAUUGCGUUGAAGCCGCUAUCAAUUCAGAGGUCGCGCGGCAGCCAUGGAUUCAUCCCACGACAGACGAUGUUCUCGCGCUUCUUGCAGCUUCCGCCGGAGCUGCAGUUUAAAAUCUUGGGAUACCUCGACUUUGGCGAGAUUCAGCAGCUGCGCCAGACGUGCCGUCUAUUUCGGAAGAACAUCAACAGGGAGGUGAUGAUGUACCUGUUUCCUCGUCUCAAUGAAUGGAUGCUGAGGACAUGCUACAUUUGCCUGAGAUAUAGGGAGUCAAAUGAAAUCGUGAUGGGGAGCGCGUUGCAUUUGGAAUACCCGUUCACCAGUAAGUGCUUCGACUGCAUAGCGAGACGGUCGUACUUCAUGGUCGGAAAACCGUACACUCUGGCGAAUUCGGAGGCCAUCUAUGUGUGUCGCUGGUGCGGGAUUCCAGUGACGGUGGAGACGGGAUGGAACCAGCCAGAGUAUCAUGUCCCUUGCUAUGAAAAGUUUAAGAGGGUUAUAGUCCUUCAUUAUACGAUUGGGAUGGCGCAGUGGAUGGUAGUGCUUGCCGGUUCGGUGCUGUGUUGGCAUUGUUUCAAAAACCAGCUGAUGGUGAUCAUCCCUGUCGUGUUUGCCUUCAUCAUGGGCUUCUGGGCGACUUUAUUGAACUCUAUCAGAGGACAUGCCAUGAGAACGUACCACUGGUCAAUGCUUGUGGAGCUGUUUAUUCUGGCUGUCUGGAUACCACCAAUGUAUGAGGUUGUCAACAAGGCGAUCGUCAAUAGAUCGACCAGCGAUCUUCAUGUGUCUCGGUCGGCGACAUACUGGACUUUGGUCCUUAUCGCGCUGAACAUGUAA